CAAAGUAAUAACAAAAGACUCUAUUUGGGCGGUGCUCCAUAAACCCUAAAACCAUAACGAAUCAGUUUCCCUCCAUCAACGUAAACCUCUGCCUCUCUCUGUAUCGACGACAAUGGAGAAGAUUCGGAAGAUUUUAGCAUUAGCAGAGAAGGAGGUGCUUAUUGACAUUGUGAAAAAUGUACAAAAGAGAAAAAUGAAGGGUGCGAAAGGAGAAUGGAAGGAAUUUUUAGUAGAGUAUGAUUCACAAUUAGGCGACAGUUUAUUGGAUCCUAAUAAGAGGCCACCUGCUUGCUUGGUUGCAUUUUUGAAUACGUUUACGAAAGAGCAAGAUUUAGAGUUUUUUGAAAAAAUAAUGACGUACCAUUCUAAUCGUAAAGCAAUUGAGCAACUGAAUAAGAGCUGUAUUGAUGUUCAAUCCUCUCCUCAGAAGCUGGCAAGCUUAACAUUUGAACACCCCGAAUAUCCAAAGUGUUUUUCAUUCCCAUCUUAUGAUGAGGACUGGGUAAUGACAAAGAUAGGUAAAGUUUCUAAAGCAAUUAAGUCCACCAGAAUGCUUUCUGUUGAUUGUGAAAUGGUUCUUUGUGAAGAUAAAACAGAAUCUCUAGUACAAGUGUGUGUUGUGAAUCGAAAUUUAGAGGUUAAGCUCAAUGAACUUGUAAAACUCGAUAAACCUGUUUUAGAUUAUAGAACUCAGAUUCAUGGAAUCAAUGCUAAGGAUUUGGAAAGAGCUACUUGUUCGUUGGAAGAUAUACAGAAAUCAAUGAAAAAGCUGUUAUCCGAUGGAGUCGUUUUAAUUGGCCACAGUUUGGAUAAGGAUCUAAAAGCAUUGAAAGUGGACCAUUCGAGGGUGAUCGACACAUCAUUAAUUUUUAAGUAUCCUGAAGGGCAUACUCACAAGAGGCCUUCGUUGAAUCAUCUCUGCAAGACUGUGCUUGGUUAUGAUCUUAGGGAAGAUGGUGCUCCUCAUAAUUGUCUAGCCGAUGCACAGGCUGCAAUGAAAUUAGUUCUUGCCAAGCUGGAAAAUAAAUUUGAUGGAAUCAUUCCCUUGAAAAUCAAAGAGGUGCCCGGGAGUGAUGGAGUCAUUCCCUUGAAAAGCAAAAAGGUGCUUGAGAGUGAUGGAGUCGUUCCCUUGAAAACCAAAGAUGUGCUCGAGAGUGAUGGAUUCGUUCCCUUGAAAAGCAAAGAUGUGUUCGUGAUUGAAUCGGUAGAGCUUUUCUUUCAUGAGGUACCUAUAGCGGUGCCCCAGAGACAAUUGAGAAGACUAUUUCCGGAGGACUCUACUGUCAAACUUCAGGCGAGCUUGACCGGUGAAAAUGUUUAUAAUUCUUCUGCUGUUUUCAAAGAUUCAAUGGAGGCAUGUAAUGCAUUUGAAAGUUUCAAAGGAGAAGAAGGAAAGGACUCAUCUGGAGUUCCUCAAAAACUAAUCUCCCUUGACAUCAAGUAUGGAAAAUGUGCCGGUUCUGUCAGUUUCUAUGUUCGUAAAGUUUUAAAAAAGGUUUCAUCUGACGAAAAUCCUGCAGACAAAGGAUCUAUUCAGUUUGAGGAAACCAAGGAACAGAACAAGAAACCAAUUAAAAACUCAGAUCAAUGUGAUCAAGUCAAAGAGAUUCAAAGAUUAAAAAAGGAUUUAUCUGACAGAAGUCCUGCCAACAAAAGAUCUAUUCAAGUUGAAGAAACCAAGGAUCAGAACAAGAAACAAAAGAAACACUCAGAUCAAUGUGAUCAUGUCGAAGAGAUUCAAAGAUUGAAAAAAGAAAUCAAGGAAAGGGAGUCUGAACUCACUAAAGCUCACAAUAUCAUGGCUGAUCUUAUAAAGAAACGUGGACUCUGAUCCAUUGAUACAUCAAAAAUGUUGCCAUGCUUCUUUUUUCUGUUAUAUUUAAUUUCAGUCAUCAGUGUGUAGAACAAAUUGAUUCAGAAGAUCCAGUUACAUGCAUCAUACAGUUGGAGGACGUUCAACAGUUACUCAUGCAAUUAACCCAGGUAUUAGUUCAUCCAAAAGCAUUGGAAACCUUGUAUGUUACCACAGAGCAUGUCAACUAUUUGUUACUUGUGAUACAAUUUGUUAUACAACAAAAUAUUUUUUCACCUUUUACAUCUGCUUCGUAAGUUAA